UGACUUGAUCUUGUAACUGGCUUUUUGAACAGGUAUUUAAAGGUAAAAAGAUGCCUGGACAUAUGGGUGUUGAGCAAAGAACAGUUAAAAAUGUUUGGGUUUACAAAAUUGACCCUGCAAGGAACUUGAUGUGGGUGAAAGGCCAAGUUCCAGGGGCCACAGGAAAUUUUGUGUUCAUAAAAGAUGCUGUGUACAAGAAACCAGAUAUAUCAUUGCUUCCAUUUCCAACUUUUUUUGCACCUGAAGAUGAAGACCCUUCGAAGUUGGAACCUUUGCUAGCUGAUUUAGGUGAUACUGAUCCGUUCAUGGCUGCAGAUUGAUCAGAGGGGCUAUUAUGCCAUUUGUAUUGUUUUUUUUCCUUUUCAUUUUCUUUAUAAAUGGAGUUGGAGUUGGGGUUGGGGUUGGAGUUGGAGUUGUGGGUUCAGUUUACUGAAAUUUUGAUGAAUAGUGCCGGCUUCUAUGGAAUUUAGCAAGCCUCAGGUGCAUUAUGAUUUUCCUUUUCAAGUUAUAUUACACAGCAGGUGAAGUGCAGAGAAUGCAGUACUGUUUUACUAGAACUGUCUUUAAAAUUGUUUCAAUAAAUGUGUAACUUGGUUUACUUGUUUGCA